UUUCGCCACCAGAAAUUGACCUAAUUUAUAAUCCUAUUCCCCAUCGAAUUAUAAUCCACACGCCACAUAUAUAUACCACCGCCUCUUCAACAAACUCCCUCUAUUACUCAAACACACAUUUCCUGCCCAAAUUUCUCGAUUCUCUCUCUCAAUUUUCAUCUCAAGCUCUCUAUUAAUUUAAAACCCUAAUUACUCUCAUCACUUCGCGUUAAAUUGAAGCUAAGAAAUUGAUUGAAGUUAUGGUGGCUGAAGCUAAGAUUAUUUGUGAACAGAGUGCUAGUCUCGCUGUUUCGAUCCGGCCGGACUUUUUCGAUCUCGCUGCGCCGUCAAAGGCGGUUGUUGAUAUAUGUGCUUCUGAGGCUGUUUCUGCGGAGUUGACUCGUUCUGAAUCGGUUGUGAGGUGUUCAACUACUAUUCAAGCUACGUCAUUGGAACCUGCUGCUGCUUCAAAAUAUGUCCCCAGCAUUCGUUCAGGCAGUUACACUGAUAUCGGACCACGUCGUUCCAAUGAGGAUGAACACAUCUGUGUUGAUGAUCUGUCUGCCCAGUUAGGAUCCUGUAACAUGUGGCCACUACCAAGUUCCUUUUAUGCUGUGUUUGACGGUCAUGGUGGUUCUGAGGCAUCAGCAUAUGUGAAAAAUAAUGCUAUGCAGUUGUUUUUUGGAGAUGCUGCCUUGCCACAAAUAUAUGAUAACGACGAUAAAUUAUUAGAAGACCUAGGAAACUCUCAUCAGAAAGCAUUCUUACUUGCUGACCAAGCUCUGGCUGAUGAAUGCACUGUCUGUGACUUCUGUGGAACAACAGCUUUGACCGCUUUGGUGUUUGGAAGUCAUCUACUGGUUGCGAAUGCGGGUGAUUCUCGUGCAGUUCUUUGCAGAAAAGGAGUUGCUGUCCCUAUGUCUCAAGAUCAUAGACCUAGUUGCUUGCCUGAACAGAAACGGGUUAAGGAUUUAGGUGGCUACAUUGAGGAUGGUUACCUUAAUGGUGAACUAGCUGUCACCCGAGCUCUUGGAGACUGGUACAUGAAAUCUCCUUCCGGGUCUCCUGCACCACUCACUGCUGAGCCAGAGGUUCAACAGACCUUAUUGACAGAAGAUGAUGAGUUCUUGAUACUUGGUUGUGAUGGAAUCUGGGAUGUGAUGUCAAAUCAGGAAGCUGUUAGCCUUGUUCGUUGCACUCUAAGAAAACAUGAUGAUCCUCAGGAAUGUGCCAAAGCUCUAGUGGAUCUAGCCUUGCGCAAAGAUACAUCUGACAAUCUCACUGCUAUUGUCAUCUGCUUCACUUCCCCGGUAAAACACAGAGAAUCUGUCCCUCAACGCCCAAAGUCAAGAUGUCUAAGUUUGUCCGAGGAUGCUCGGAUAAGACUGAUGAGUUUGCUACAAGGCAACUGAAUUUGAUGGCCAAUUGUUUGCUUGCGAAUCUAUUAGUGUACCGUAGAGUGUAAAGCUGAGAAAUUUUGCCGAUCAACUUAUGUUAUGUAUAUUUAUCAAAGUUACAGUCUUACUGGCUCUUGUUAGCAUCAUAUGUUUGGAAGAAAAUUUGUAAUUUGUACCAAUUUCUCAGGUUCAUAAGAUUGUAACAGAGUUAACAUUUGCAGUGAGUUUGUUCCA